AUGGGUCUAAGUUUGUUAAAUAUUAUUUUGAAAUCAAAUAUUCGGAUACAUAAACCCAAACUACCCAAUAUUUAUUUUAGUAAACAGCAGGAAUUAAAAUGUGUUAGAUUUAUGAGUAACUGUUUGCAAAAAACACCGAUUGAUACAUCUAAAAAGGUAAAUUUUUUAAUUAGUUGUUUUGUUUAUAAAGGAAUGUAAAAAUAAUAUGAAAUAUGUAAUUCUAGUAAUUAUUUCUUCUUAUUAUUAUUUUUUUAUUAAUUUUUAGUAUACAACAAUAAAAAAGGAAAUAAUUAAUAUAAAUAAAGUUCUACUAAGAUAUACACAUUCUCAAAGGAACGCAAAUAAUGGUAAAAAACCUGACGAUCCAAGAAAUGAGAUGAUGGUAAAAGUUACAAUUGGUUUAUUAACUGGAUAUAUGAUGCUAUAUAUUUUAAGUCUAUUAUUACCCAAUACAUCAAAUCCUGAGGUAAAUACAUAGUAUUUUAAAGUGUGAAUAGUUUAUAUUGCAUAGUAAGUUUUUAAAUUUUGGUAAUCAUUAUUUUUAGGAUAUGCGGUAUAUAUCUUGGAAUGAAUUUGUACAUUUAAUGUUAGCUAAAGGUGAAGUAGAAGAAAUAAUUGCUCGUCCUGAUUUAGAUAUUGUAACAAUAAAAUUACAUGAAGGUGCCAUUAUUAAAGGACGAAAAGUAAAUAAAAAUUAAUAAAUAGUUUCUUUAUUUUUACUUAAAUUUUAACCUGAAUAUACAGGAAGCAUAUUUUAUUUUUUAAAAUUAAAUAGUUUAUAUAAUAUUUAGUUGUUCCUUUAGAUUCUGAGUAGAGUAAGGAAGCAAUUUAAAUUAGCCAUCAGUUAAGCAUUUAAAAUGAUGAGUGUUUUAUUUUAGGUUGAUCAAAGAACAUAUCAUAUGAAUAUAGCUGAUUUAGAAAGGUUUGAACAAAAAUUAAGAGAAGCUGAAGGAAAAUUGGGUAUAAAACCAGGACAUGGAGUACCUGUAGUGUAUGAUCGAUCCCUCAAUGCACCUGAAUUAAUUGUGUUUUUGUUUUUUGCUGGUAUUCUUGCAUUGAUAUACUUUGCUCGUCCAAAAGGUGCAAAGUCACCAAUCAGCUUAGAUAUGUUUGUAGGUAUUUUAAAUAGGUUUAUAAGUUUGUAUUAUUGAAUUAUUGUAUUAAUAUUAAUAAGAUAUAAUUUAUUAUAAUUUUAAUUUUUUUUAAAUAUUUUAGUCUCAAAUAAAACGAGCAAAAUAUACAUUAGUUGAUCCAUUGAUUGGUCAAGGUAAAGGAGUUCGUUUUAAAGAUGUUGCUGGUCUUAAAGAAGCAAAACAAGAAGUCAUGGAAUUUGUUGACUAUUUAAAAAAACCUGAACGUUAUCAGAGUUUAGGUGCAAAAGUUCCUAAAGGAGCAUUACUUUUAGGGCCACCUGGUUGUGGUAAAACAAUGUUAGCUAAAGCUGUUGCAACAGAAUCAAAUGUACCUUUUUUAUCUAUGAAUGGUUCUGAAUUUAUUGAAAUGAUUGGAGGACUAGGAGCUGCUAGAGUACGGUUAGUUAAUAAAACAAAUUACUAUAAACAUUUAUUAUUAUUAUUAUUUUUUUUUGCAUUUGAAACAAAAAUUACAGGGACUUAUUUAAAGAAGGUAGAAAAAGAUCUCCAUGUAUAAUUUAUAUUGAUGAAAUUGAUGCUAUUGGCCGUAAAAGGUCUUCAAGGGGUCCAGAAGGAGGUGCUGAUGAAGGAGAACAAACAUUAAAUCAAUUGUUAGUUGAAAUGGAUGGUAUUGGAUCUAAAGAAGGAGUUUUAAUGCUAGCUUCAACAAAUAGAGCAGAUAUAUUAGAUAAGGUAUACUUGAAUAUUUUCUUUACCGAUAAUUUGAAUGUAUAUAAAUUUGAAAAUAACUUAAAUAAUAAUUGUGUAUUGUUGAUGAAUAAUUUUCUAGGCUCUUUUAAGACCAGGACGUUUUGACCGCCACAUUCUUAUAGAUCUUCCUACUUUAGAAGAACGUAAAGAAAUUUUUGAGCAACAUUUAAAAAUCAAACUAGAUAAAGAACCUAAAUAUUAUUCACGAAAAAUGGCCCAUUUAACUCCUGGAUUUAGUGGUUAAAUUAAUACACACAAUACUUAUUUUUUGUUUUAUAAUUUAUUAAUUAUUAUUGUACAUAUUCAUUAGGUGCUGAUAUAGCUAACGUUUGUAACGAAGCAGCAUUGCAUGCUGCCAGGAGUAGUCAAAAAGUAGUUCUUGAAGCUGAUUUGGAUUAUGCAGUUGAGCGUGUUGUUGGAGGAACAGAAAAACGAUCUCAUGCAAUUUCUCCUGACGAAAAGAAGAUUGUUGCUUAUCACGAAGCAGGACAUGCUCUAGUUGGAUGGCUAUUGCCAACAACUGAUGCUCUCCUUAAAGUUACUAUUGUGCCUAGAACUAAUGCAGCAUUAGGAUUUGCUCAGUAUACACCUACUGAACGAUAUUUACUUUCAAAGCAAGCUGUAAGUUUAAAAUAUAUUGGUAAUAUUAAAAUCAACGAGAUAAUGUAUGAAAAUAUUUGUUUUGAGUUAUAAAUUAGGAAUUUUAUGUAAAAUGAUUAUAGUCAGCAAAAAUACUUUUGUAAAUUGUAUUAAUAUGUAUAGUAAGAGACAAAGAAAAAGAAAGGUUUAAUAUAUUGACCCUGCCUACAGUGACCAAAUAAAAAUAAUGAAAAGAGAUGUAUGUGGAAAGAAGGGAAGAAGAAGACCAAAAAGGAGGUGAUUGGAUAUAGUUAAAAAUAAUAGAAAGAUGGUGUAUAUGAGGACAAUAUGAGGGAUUGGGUCAAGUAGAAGUUUAGGAUGAGAGUAACUGACUCCUAAUGGUUGAAAUGAAGGAGAAGAAUUACAUUUUAAAUUAUAUUUUUAACAAAGAUACUUUUUGUGCUUAGUUUUCAAAAUUAUGUUUAGCCUUUGAUUAUAGAUGGAAGCCAUUUUUAUUUUUUAUUAUUAAUUACCAAUAUAUUUUGGUAUAUAUCAUCUUGUUUUAAUUUAAUGAAGGUUGAUAUGGUUUUCUCUUUUUCAGGAUCUUUAACAUUUACAUCUACCAUAUUAUUUUUAAUAUUUUCAUUGGUCUUGUUUUUUAAAAUAUUUCUCAGUAAUUUCUUCCAUAAUUUUAUUUAAUUCUUCUUUAUUUGCAAUAUAUUUUCUUUUAAAUAAUUUAUUGUAAUCAUCCAACUUUAUCUAUACUUUGAAAUAAUGGUGUAUGUUAUAAUACUUUUUGUUAUUGAAAGUGAACUAAUAAAUUCAUAAAUUUCUCAACUACUCUUGUAAUUGGUAUUUAACUUUUAUAUUUUGUCUUCAACUAGACUCAAAAGUUUCCAUAUUCAUUCUACAGUAGUUGUAAAAUUUGUAAGAAUCAUUUCUUAGUGUAUGAAAUUAACAAUAUUUUUAAAUUAAAACAUAUUUUAGCACCACAACAACAUGGAUUUCGCAAUAAAAAAUCAUGUCUUACCAAUUUAAUAACUAUUAAACAUCAUAUAAUUAAAUCUUUUUCUAAUAAUCAACAAACAGAUGUUGUUUAUACAGAUUUUGAAAAAGCCUUUGAUAGAGUAAACCACCCUUUAUUAAUCAGUAAACUACAGGAAAUCGGCUUUGCCAAUCCCCUAUUAUCAUGGUUUAAUUCAUUCCUAAGUCAAAGAAUCCAAUUUGUCAAAUAUAAAAACUUUAUAUCGACACCUAUAAACGUAAUUUCUGGUGUCCCUCAAGGCGAUCACCUUUCCCCUCUCCUUUUUAAUUUAUUUAUAAAUGAUGCUGUAUCAUCCAUUUCACACUCCAACAUUUUAUUAUUUGCCGACGAUGCAAAAAUUUACAAAUCUAUUACUUCCCCCGAUGAUAUUAAACUUCUUCAAAGUGAUUUAGCUUCAUUUAACGAAUGGUGCAUUUCAAAUAGUCUUUCAUUAAAUAUUGAUAAAUGCCAAAUUGUUACCUACUCCAAAAAGCACAAUCCCUUACAUUUUAAUUAUCAUAUAUGUGACAUUACUAUUAUUCAAUGAUCAUGUAUCAGCGAUUAAAAAUAAAGCUUUAUCUGUAUUUGGUAUGAUAAAAAGAAACUGCUCUGAUUUUCGUGAUCCACUUGCUCUCAAAUGCCUUUAUACCUCACUAGUCCGUUCUUUAUUAGAAUACGCUCCAAUAAUUUGGAAUCAUAACAAUGUAGGACAUAAUGAUCAACUUGAUAAAGUUCAAAAUAAGGCCCUCAGAUUUUUAUGUCAUACAUGUAAUAUUCAAAGAACUCCUCACUCUGGCUACGAUAAUAUUUUAAAAUUGUUAAACUUAGAAUCUUUAAAUGUACGGAGACAUUUAUCAUACAAUACGUUCCUCACCAAAUUGCUAAAUAAUGAGAUUGAUGAUUCAUUUUUAUUAAGUCAAUUAAAUUUAAAAGUUAAUAGCCACCACACUUGUAACAAUAAUUUAUUUUAUAUUCCUCAUUCAUCUAAAAAGUUUACGUUAUAUGAACCCAUAAAUAUUUUAAUGUCUUCGGAAAAUAGUUAAUUAUUUUAUUAAACAUUGAAUGUAUUUUUAUUAUUAUAUUCAUUAUUAUUAUUAUUAUUAUUAUUAUUAUUAUUAUUAUCAUUAUCAUUAUUAUUAUUACUAUUAUUCGAUAUAUUAAUCUUUUCAUUUUUUAUUAUGUUAUAUUUUAUUAUUUUAAAUUGUAUUAUAUUAUUGUUAUCUAUACAAAUAUAUUGUGAAUUGGACUUUUGUCCGUAUUAAUAAAUAAAUAAAUAAAUAAUAAAUAGAAAUCAGUAGCGGAUCCCCAAGGUGGGGCAAUGGGGUAAUUUGCACUCCCCCCCAAACACCGUAGUGUAGUAAUAUGUUUUGGUUAAUAAGGUCUUUUAAUUUACUAUAUUUGCAUUUUUGUUCCCCACCCAAAAAAAAAAAAAAAUGAGCUCUGAAUCCGCCCUUAAUUACAGUAAUUAUUUUAAGUAGGAACUAUAAUAUAAAAUGUAUUUAAUUUUAUUGAUAGUUAAAUACUAAAUGCAACAGUUUAUGUUUAGUUAUUUGAAAAAAUGUGUUUGGGACUUGGCGGAAGAGUAGCUGAAUCAAUAGUUUUUAACAGUAUUACGACUGGAGCUCAAAAUGAUUUAGACAAAGUUACUAAAAUUGCAAACUCUCAAGUAUAUUUAAAUAUUAUUAUUUAUGUAAUAUAAUUUUAACAAACUAAAUUUUAACCUUAAGGUACGUCAGUAUGGCAUGAAUGAACAAAUAGGGUUAUUAUCUUUUCCUGAAGAUACUAAAAAUAGUGUACGACCAUAUAGUAACAAACUAGCUGCACUCAUGGAAACUGAAGUUUCUCGAUUGGUUGCUAAUGCUUAUUUUAAAACAGAAAAACUACUUAAAGAAAAUUACAACAAACUAGAAUUGGUGAGUUUUGGUAUAUUUAUGAACUGAUUAUAAUUUAUGUUUGUAAUUAAAAGAUAAUUAUUUAAACAUUUAAAUGUUUCUGGUUUAAAAUCAGGGAAACAUAUAAACAAAAAAAAAAACCUGAUUUUUUUCAUAUUAUUCAACUAGAAUCAUUUUUCAAAAACAAGUUUUAACUACUUUAAUAGAUAUAUUCAAUUUAAAAAUAUAUUGUUUUUAUAUUUCCUGAAAAAGUUGCUUUUGUUUCAUAUAUUACUCUGAUUAUAAGUCGAUGUUAUAAUCUGUUAUAAAGUUUAUUUGUGUAUCUUAUUUAAAUUUAAAAAUGAUUGUUAUAAUUGUUUGAUUUUAGAUUGCAGAAGAAUUGUUGCGAAAAGAAUCAAUCAAUUAUGAUGAAAUGGUUAAAUUAAUAGGUCCACCUCCAAAUGGUGAGAAACGUGCUAUUGAAUCAUAUGAAUUUAAUAUACCUAUUGAUACUAAAACUAAAGAUUCUUAA